AUGGAAGAAUUAAAUGUAAAUUUCAAAUCCUUCUCUGCUUCAAAUUUCCUUUUUUAUUAAACUCUAUUUAUCGCAUUACUGUAGAAUAAUAGACCAAGAGAAAACGUAUAAGAUCGAGGAAUUGGAGGCAUGAUAAACAACAGAUAGCGAUAAAAUUAGGCUCCAAGAAGAUUGAGCGAAAAUACUUACAGUAAUGUGAUCAAAUUUAUUGGGUCUCUGAGAUUGAACAUUUUUCUGAUGAUUAUUAAUCUGAGCUUCGUGUUCGUAUUAUGUCAUCUAGGUUUCUUAUAUCACAAUGUUCUAGAAAAAUCUUUCUUGGAAUGGGUCGUCCCUCCACACAAUUUCAACAACAUAAAUCAAAAUGUAAAUCCCUAAUAGCAACCUCAGUAAAAUUAACAAAAGGCUACAACUAUCCUGGAGUUGCUUAUUUAGGAAAAUCUAUACUACUACUUAGUGAUAUAUUGGUUAAUCGAUCACAAGAAUAUCUAUGCUACCUUUUUCGAUGUCUUAGUUUUCGGAGUAGCCUACACCUUCUUUUCCUUUACUCAUUGUAGUGGAGUUAUUGACACCCAGAUAUCAUUUUCCUCUGCACUAUUCUUAAGAAAGGACGAGAACUUCUAGAGAAGAAUAAAGAAAGUAGAUAACUAUUUCAAAAAUGUGAUUGCCUAUGAAAUCUUGACAAUAAUCAUUCUUCUGUGGCUGUUUUACUACGCUAAUAUUUUACUAUUACUGCUUCUAAUUGAGCCAAUGAAUCAAGCUCUUUCUUACCAAGCAACUGAUGAUCAAAUAAUCACAAAAAUGCAUUUAAAUUUCUUCACCAAUAUGAGCACUAAAUUUUUAGACUUACUUUAGCACAGUAUGAUAAUUUUCUUUGCUGGUAUCUCAUUCGGAUAUUUCCCAAUGAUCCAAGUUUACAUUAUGACUUAGGGCUACAAUCAAUUCAAAUAAUUUACUUAAGAAAUAGAUAAAUAUAGGAAAUUCAGAAAUUUCCUGAAAAACCUUAAUCAAGAUUAUCCGAUCGUUUACUUUGGCCCAAACGCCUAACAAUAGAAUAGAAGAUUAUCAGAUGUCGAUGCAGUUGAGCCAGGCAAUAAUCAGAAUCAUUAGCACAGUGAGGAAAUCGAAGAAUGCGCGAUUUGCAAAGAACAAAUGAAUGUAGGAAGAAAACUUUCUUGUAAUCACAGCUUUCAUUGGUUCUGCAUAAUUUAAUUGAUUGAAAGCGGUAGUAAAAAUUGCCCAAUAUGCCGGGCUGAGUUUAACAAUAACAAUCCAAACAGAUAGCAUUAGUAAAAUCCAGGAGCCUAGAAUAACGGCUAAAACAGUAUUAUGAGUUUCAGACUCAGAAGAUGGUUAGGCAGAUGGAUGCCUGACAUCUCGAUCAGAAUGAUUAGAUCAAGGCAAGCCCCAGUUAUCCCUAUGAAUCAAGCCAUAGAAAGAACAGAGAUAAGGGGAGCUGGUGGUCACAUUGAUCAAGCCAUACUUAAUAUUACUGAAAACAUUCAAGGAGGAAUGUAUCCUGGUGUAAAUAUAUGA